AUGUCUGACAAACACGUGGUUCUUACCGAAAAUGCACCUCCAACUCUGCCCGGCAUCUACUCGCAAGCCAUAGUUGCCAACGGAUUCGUCUACUGCUCCAGUUGCGUGCCCAUGGACGCGCAGACUGGUAAAAUCGUUGACCGAGAUAUCAAGAUGCACACUCAUCAAUGCAUCAAAAAUAUAUCGAACAUUCUCGAAGUCGCUGGUUCAAACAUCACCAAGGCCGCCAAAUUCAAUGUCUUCCUGUUCAACAUGGACGAUUUUGUGGCUACGAAUUCGGUCUGUACGCUUUAUUGGGGUAAUGUGAAGCCCUCUCAGACAUGUGCUGCUGUGAAAACUUUGCCGUUGAAUGUGGACGUGGAGAUUGAGUAUCUUGCAAUUCUGUAA